AUGCGGCGAAUUCGACCCCCGAUCGCGGCUCUGCUGCUCCUGGCCAUCUUCUUCUCAUGCUACUUCACCACUACCCAAGCGAAGGAAACCGUCUACAUCAAGGGACUAGGACUCGACGGCGUGAACCGUGAGCUUGAUGUCAGUCGAUAUCCGGCCUUGUAUACCGGCGACUUUGACGAUUGUCUGGGCGGGAAAAGCUUGUUCAAUGUCACCAAAUUUGAUGCUGCGUACUACGCAGACAAUCUCACGGUUCUGUUUCAUUUAGACGGGACCACCAACAUCCAUAAAGAAGACCUGAUUCUUCACAUUUCGGUCGAAGCCUACGGGGAGAAUAGAUUUAAUAUGACGUACGACCCUUGCAAGGCCAACAUCCAUAGCAUGUGCCCACUAAACAAUUCUGUGCCCAUCACGGCAUUUGCAGCUAUCCCGCUUGCUCCCCACGACGUAUCUGGCAUUCCGUCAAUCGCUUUGGGAAUUCCAGAUCUUGAGGGCCUGGCCCGACUGCAGAUAUUCGCCAACUCGACACAAACACAAAUUGGAUGCUUCCAAGCCGUCAUGACUAACGGCAACACCUUCUCCCAGCCGGAAGCCGUGUCGUCCUUUCUCGGGGUCAUGGUUUUUAUUGCCGUCCUGGCAUCCUUUGCUACUACCAUCUAUGGCUUGAGCAUUCCUCAUAUGCGUGUCCAUUAUGCGCAUUCGUUCUCCGUCCUUGUCAUCUUCGAGACGUUUCAGUCCAUAUUCUUUUCUGGUGCCCUUUCUGUCAACUGGCCCAGCGUUCUUCCCGCAUGGUGGAGUAAUUUUGCAUGGACGGCGGGGAUGUUUGCGGAUGACCAAAUUGUUCGCUCCGUGAGUUCGUUUACAGGCAACAGUCUCAACAUUAGCCAGGUGGGUGGUGCUGGCUCAGUCCAAAUCAAUAAUGGCGGUGGGCUGUCGCAGCAGAUCUAUGGCCGGUCCAUUUUCGAUGGCUCUCCAUUGCACCGCGAUGGCGAUAGCUCAUUAAACUCCUUUACCCGACGAGCGGCAUACAAUGCCAGCGAUCCCUACGACUACACCUGGGCUGGCCACCCGAGGACGCCUGGCAUGCCAAUGCCCGGGACCUGGCCCGGAUUUGGUGGAACCUUGUCUGUGGUCAAUGUGCCACCAGCCGAGGCCUUCACCAUUUGUAUAAUCUGGUUGCUGGUUGUUUUGGCAGCCGUAGCGUUUUUCGUGGUAACAGCCAAGCUAAUAUUGGACGCCUUGGUUAAGCUGAAGUGGCUAAAAUCCGACGGCUUCGACUACUUCCGUUCACAUGUCUGGGGAUAUACUGCUUCGGCACUCUUUCGGACACUCUUUAUCGCCUUCUUCACCGUAAUGACCCUGGCAAUGUAUCAGUUUUCCUUGCGAAGUACAGCAGGCCCGACGGCGGUUGCGGUAAUCAUCUUCUUAAUCUUCUUCGUAGGCGUCGGGGGCAUUGCAACCUAUGCCUGUUAUUUCCGACUUCGCCACGGCAAGUACGAGACUGGGCCAGACAGUCUACGUUUCGAGCGAGGCAACGUUUUUGGAAAAAUCCCCUUUAUCGCUACGACGAGGCAGAGCAACAUAGGUGAAGAGGAAUCCAGUCAGACGCCGUAUCUCUUCGGCACCAUUCCUUUCAUCAAGGUCAAGUACGUUGACGAUGACCCUGACAGAGAUACUGUUCACAUGGAUGAGGGAUUUGUGAAGAGGUUUGGUUGGUUAUCAGCGCGGUACCGACGCUCAAGAUGGUGGUUCUUUGCAGUUUACCUUGGCUAUCAGUUUAUUCGAGCAUGCUUUAUCGGAGGAGCAGCACGGUCCCCUCUGGCACAGGUUUACGGACUGUUCAUAUUCGAGCUCAUUGCUCUUUUCAUAAUCAUCAAGCUCAACCCAUUCGAAAGCAACCGAAACACAGCAGUCGCUAUUUGGAUGUUGUCAAUCUCCAAGAUUGUAACCACCGGCAUCUCAAUCGCCUUCCUACCUGCGUUUGCUAUCAAUCGAAUUGUUGCCACAGUUCUUGGCAUCAUAAUCGUCGUUGUCCAGGGCUUUGUCGCUGUGGCAGUGUUGGUCUUAAUCAUCCUAGGUGUGUUUUCUUCGUGGAUGUCUCUGUCCAGAAACCGAGAACACUUCCCCCAGACUCUGGACCAGAUGCGCAUCAACUUUUUUGAACAUGCAAGGGCUUGCGCGGAUGACUUUCCACCCCGAACCAGGCAGUCGAAGAAGAAGGAGAAGGAGAAAGCGAGAACGGAACCGCAGGAGGCUAUGUUUGAAGUUCGAGAAGUGCGACGAGCACCAAAAAUUGAAGACGAGAGCGUCGACAAAUUUCCAGAUUUGGAGCCACCACACAUUUCGGUCACUGGUGCUGGGGCUAGUAGCAGUAGUGGUGGAAGGCGAAGUCGAGCAAACAGCGCCAGCUCGAGGCUCUCAGUCAGUAGCCUUCCAAGGACUACUCGUGUCCAUCGGGCUUCAUGGAGCUCCAAGGACAUUCCACUUUGGGAUUCUGAAAUGAACCGGGGAGACCAACAACGGGUAGGCCACUCGCGAAGCAGCUCCCUGAGGUUGUCUGGCUUUGUUGUAGACGCUCCUGGCACCAUUACACCUGUCCGCAGGCCAAUGACGCCGCAACAAGAGAUUGUGGAAGAACCGUCAACUCAGCAGUUGGAUCCUUCGUCAACGGAAAACACUGAAGUCAGCCCGAUUUCUGAAUCCGGAACGGCAGAGACGAGCAACAAAGAACUUGAUGCUUCAACACCUGAAGCAGAGACUGAGUUAACAGAACAGAAGGAUAAACCAAAGGUUGAGGAAGCCAGAGCGAAUGAAGCAGCAUAG